UCUAAAUCGGCAUCUGGCAACACUUUUACUGAAAAUGGCCUAUGUUGCAUUGAGCGAAGCUGAGAAAACCUUCAUUUUACAUGGCGUUGAGGAGGAUUUUCGAUGCGACGGUCGCUCUCGGCGUGAUUACAGACCUAUGGAACUAGAGACCGGCGUCGUCAGUAAUGCGAGCGGAUCAGCGCGUCUUCGUUUGGCCAACACGGACAUCCUAGUAGGUGUGAAAACAGAGAUCGAUGUUCCCAGCCCACUAGCUCCGGAGUAUGGGAAGCUGGAGUUUUUUGUUGACUGCUCGGCGAAUGCCACUCCCGAUUUUGAGGGUCGAGGAGGAUCAGAUCUUGCCCAGGAACUGAUACUGUCACUUCAGAACGCGUAUGAGUCACCACAGGCCUUCGAUUAUCGCUCCUUGUGCCUUAUCCCAGGUCAGCAAUGCUGGAAACUAUACAUUGACAUUUUGGUACUAGAAUGUGGAGGAAAUUUGCAUGAUGCUGUAUCGCUGGCGGCCAAAGCUGCGCUCUUUAACACAAAGCUUCCACGGGUAACAGCAACCCUCCUAGAUGCCGGCAUCACAGAUCUCAUCAUAUCUGAUAAUCCAUACGACUGCACCCGCAUUGGAAUAGAAACGGCGCCUCUUCUGGUGACCGUUUGCAAGAUAGGGGACUACUGCCUUGUAGAUCCGACAGCAGAAGAGGAGGGCUGCAGCACGGUAAGCAUUGUAGUGUCAGUCUCAAUGCGCAAUGGUGAACCGUACUUGUCGGGCACACAUAUGACUGGCGGAGGUUCUAUGCACCGAGACACCAUGCAAAAUUGUCUGCAGCUAGGGUUAUCCAUUGGCGAGCAACUUAAUACGCUGCUAACCAAAAUGCUCAAGCAGGAACAAGACCGGGUCGGGCCCAAGCGACCCAAGACGGUUGGAUUUCUUAAAUAAACAUUCUUAAUUGGAUGCUAUGAAAAUUUACUAUUUACUCAAA